GGUUCUGGUUGUGUUUAUGACUUGAAUUUGGCGAGGAGCAGCUUGGAGAAGAGGUUUGGGUUCACCAAAAGGGUUCUGCUGAGUUAUGCAUGGUUGGCAUGGAAUGUGAAAAUUGUUGAAUGGAUAUAUAGACAAUGGCUUCUCAUGGUGAAGCUAGGACUAAUGGCACUCAGUCUCAUUUCCAGCCACUGGAGCGGCAGAACUCAUUGUACAACCUCACUUUGGAUGAGGUCCAAAAUCAGUUGGGUGACCUGGGGAAACCCUUGAGUAGUAUGAAUUUGGAUGAACUUCUAAAAAAUGUGUGGACAGCUGAGGCCAACCAGUCUACGGGUACAGAGACUGAAGGCACGCAGUUGUCCAGUCAAACUUCCCUGCAACGGCAGGCAAGCUUGUCACUCACUGUAGCUUUGAGUAAGAAGACAGUUGAUGAAGUUUGGAGAGACAUUCAGCAAAGCAAGGCCAAUGGAGAAAGGAAGUCUAAGGAUAGACAACCCACUUUGGGAGAGAUGACAUUGGAGGAUUUUCUGGUUAAAGCAAGGAUUGUAGCCAAAACACAUAUGGAUAAUAACCGAGAGGUUGCUAUUGUUGACCCAAAUGUAGCGUCGUCGUUUCCCCAACAAGGUCAAUGGUUGGAGUAUCAGCAUGCACAAUUCCAACAUCCACAACCAAAUAUGAUGGGGAUGUUCAUGCCAGGUCAGCCUGUACCCCAGCCGCUCCACAUGGGGGCUGGUUCUGUGAUGGAUAUUGCGUAUCCAGAGAACCCAGUUCCAAUACCUCCGCCUCUAAUGGGGACACUGUCGGAUUCACAGAUGCCUGCAAGGAAAAGAGGUGCACCAGAUGAAGUUGUUGAGAAGAAUGUUGAAAGGAGACAGAAGAGGAUGAUAAAAAAUCGAGAAUCGGCUGCUCGUUCAAGAGCUCGGAAACAGGCCUACACAAAUGAGCUAGAGAAUAAAGUUUCUCGCCUCGAAGAGGAAAAUGAAAGACUGAGGAAACUAAAGGAGCUGGAGAAUAUAUUGCCGAGUGCACCGACACUUGAACGAAGAUAUCAGCUGCGGAGAACUUCGUCAUCCCCAUUCUAACUAAUGUUCCAUGCAUAACUCUUCUCCAUACAUUUGAUGAAAUUUGUUGAAGGCCUUGUGCUUGUAAUUGAAAUGACCAGAAAAACAAAGGGAAAAUAGAAGAAGAAGGAGACAGAAGUUGAGUAGGGGUAAUGUUCUCGUUGGGUAUCUUUUCCCCCUUUAUUUUUAUAGCCUUUUAGAGGCAGCUAUUGUUGCUUGCUUCUCAAUCUCAUGAGGGGUAUUUCUUUUUUUUUUAUUACUUUUUUUUACCAUUUCUAAUCUUUGUAUCUUUGUGCAAAGUCGAGGGAGGUUAGAAUGUUUAAGUUGGAGAGAUAAAGUUUGUAGUUUGUUGCUUCAAUGAGUGUCCUGGGAGAAGAAGAAAGAGGUCCAUAUUUUUAUAUGCAGUUUUCCAGUUGUUUACUUAUUAGAACUUGCUGCUGGUACAUUGGAAGAAGCCAAGAACACUUACUUUAAGAGCUCAAACAUCACAAGCGAGGAAUAAGCUAAACAAUGCAAAGCCAAAAUA